AUGAUGCAGGCGGUCGCGAUCACGCCCGAGAGCUCCAUCGAGGAGCAAAUAUCGCGUUACAUCGAGCAGCAGAGCGCGAGCCUCCCCGGACCGCCAAAGAGCUUCGAGUGGGACGUGACCAACUACUCGCUGCUGUCUGGCACGGGGUCGGAGGCUGACGCGGCCGUUCCGUGGUCGCACUCUGGCCGCUCACGCUCGGCCUCGACCUGCCAGCUCCGCGUCAAGAUGGAGCGGCCGCCGCUGCAGGUGUGGCGCGAAGACGGCGGGCCGCUGCCCGAGCGCGCCGCCGUCCUCCUCUCCGCCGUCACCGUCGACGUCGCCUGCGAAGCGGCCACCUCGUGCGGGCUCGAGGGAGGCACGCUUCGGCCGCUCGUGUCGGGGUCAGCCUCCUUCACCUCGCUCUCGUUCAAGACGACCUCGUACAACCUCAAGGGGCGGCACAUGCACCUGAUGGCGUCGCUGCUCGUCCCGCGCGUAGAGGCGACCGCCGCGGUGACCGACGUGAGGGCGCGCGCCGCGUCGCCGGCGGCUGCGAAGGCUGCGAUGACGCUCGCUGCUGGCGCCGCGGGCAUGCCGCUGCCAAGCACGCCCGACGCGGCGGCCGUGGUGAUGGUCCAAGCUCCUCCGCAGACGGACCCGCAGCGGCUGAGUGCGGCCAUGUGCAUCGCGGCGGCGCUCAUCUCGCCGCCGAUCCGGGUGGACGCGAGGAAGAGGAACCCGAAGGAGCGCGCGGGCAGCAAGGCGGCGGGCGGCGGUGCCAGCCGGGCGGGGGGCGGGGGAGGCGGCGGCGGCGGCGGCGGCGGCGUCGCGGCGCACUUGCCGUUUGCGCCGGACAAGCUCGACCGCGUGAUGGAGAAGGUGGACAAGGGCCUCGUGCGGCAGCCGAUCGACAACUCCAUCGAUGGGUUGCGCAACUACCUCUCUGCGGCCAACCUCCGCAACAAGUGCAAGCACCCGCUCUUCCUCGCCCUCCGCUUCGACGCAUGCAUCGGCCUGCUCUACGACUCCUCCCGCGCCGCAAACCCGGCGCACACCCGGCGACUCCUCGAGAAGGCGGCGGACCUCGCCGCCGACGAGCCGUUCGAGAGGAUGAUGGCGGUGCUGACCGCGACCGAGGACCGGCCCCUCCGCCUCGAGGCGUACCAGGAGGCGGCCCUCAAGGCGCAGCUCGAGCCGGAGCAGGCUCUCCGCCUCUCCUGCAGAGAGCGACCUCCGCGAGUUGUCCCUGAGUCGCACCACGAGCACGACGCCGCAGACGGCAUACCGCCGCCGGCGAGGCUCAUCAACGACCUGGUCGCCACCUACUUGCCCGAGUACGUGAUCGCCGUCAAGUCGCACCACGGCAGCGGACCGUGCGGCCUCGCCGACUGCCCCGUCCGCCUCUCGGCCGCUCUCUCGCUGCCGCAUUGCGACGCCCUCCCCUCCACCUACACGCUGAUGAGCGCGCAAGAGCUCGGCGUGCUGCGCCGCACCUACUGCCGGCUGCAUUGCGCGAGCGAGUGCGCCGCAAAGGCGGUCGGCGCCCCCGCGCCCGCCGCGCCGCCGCCGCCGUGGGCCGCCCCGGCCCCGGCGUCCCAGCUGGCCGACAACCAGCGCCCGCCGGCGAUCCAGUACGGAGGCCUUGCGACCGUCCUGCCUUGCGGCGAGGCUGGCGCAUCGUACGCCGCCUUCGCACCCGACGGGCUCAUCUCGGACCACACGACCGAGCAUUUGCUGCAGCCGCACCGCGCCUCGGGGAGGACAUACGGCCCUACGUCGGUCGGCUGGUGGGGGGACGCGUCGGGCGCGAACCUCGCGGGCAGCCGCGGGCAUCGGCUGGCGAUGGAGGUUCGGCAGGAGGUCAGCAGCUCGCUCAGCUCCCACUCUCACUCAUGCCCUGAGGAGGAGUGGGAGCGAACCCUCGUCGUCCUCGCCUCGGCGAUGGCCUUCCACUGCCGCUCGACCGGCGUCACCGCCGCAGAGCUCUCCGCCUUUGCGCGCAGCGGCGGGUACGGCGCGCAAGCCUCUAGAUGUGCAGGCACCGGAGGCACCGAGGACCUGUCCCGCAAGCGACCCGCCACCCAGGCCUCGCUCCACAUGGGCCAGGGCCCGCCGCAGUACGGCGGGACGCCGCAGCACAAUGGCGGCGGCGGGGGCGGCGGCACCACCACGCCGCUCCACUACCAGUACCCGCACCGCGCCUUCCCGCACCCGCCGGGCGUCUGCCCGCCCGGCAUGGGCCCCACCGCCGAGGCCACCUUCGGGGAGGGCGGGGCGAUGGACUGCGACGGCGUGGCGCAGGAUUGGGGGGACGACUUCCUGGGCCGCGUGUGA